AUGGGAUCAGACAGUCAACCCCAGCAAAUCACUUGGAUGCAAUGGCUAAGAUCCAGCACCAGUGAGCCAUCAAAUCAACUUCCUAGCACAUCACACGAGUCAAGUUCUGUCAAUGUAAACCCUCUCUCCAACAUUCCAGUGCCUGAACCCAUCUCUGACGAUGCAUGGAAAAAUCCAUGGUACCCACUGAAAGAAGCACCCAAAACACCAGAAGAGCGCAAGCUGUUAUGGGACUACAUCAGCAAUCAGUCAAAUGAAGCGCAAGCUGCCAUCAAAUCCUCCACCUCGGCUUCAAAAAAACAGUUGGAAAAUGCAGCCAGUGCCAACUGUGCUGAUCUGGCAUUCGAAUACAAAAGUUGUGCAUAUAGAGCAUGGAUUGGAACUACUUGUUUCAAGGAGAAUGAGCGACUGAUGAAAUGUAUGGACAUUCAGCAGAGAAAUCUAGAAAAACUUGGACUCUUGUCUCGUGCGUCAAUGACAAUUGAGCAACGCAACAACAUCUUGGAUGCAGCAGAUUAUUUGUAUUUGAGUGAAGUUCAGGAAGAAUUGAAAACCAAAGAGAGUAAAGGUGUAUUUGGAGUAUUAUGA